AUGCAACGUAGUAGUAUUCGUGUGUUACGUCAAUCAGCCGCUCUUCUCAGUAGAAGAAUAGCAGCUUCUAGAACUAUCACUACCAGAAAUCUCGUGCUAAUUCCAACCGCUUCCUAUUCAACCAAAACCGUGCCAUUCACAGCUGACACCUAUUCCCAUAAAAUCCACCGUGAUCCAAAAUAUAAACAAUUAGAACCCCAAGAUCUCGAAUUCUUCAAAGGUAUCGUCACAGAACAAGGCCUUAUCACCAAUGAAGAUGAUUUAUUAUUCUAUAAUGAAGAUUGGAUGAGAAAAUAUCGCGGACAAUCGAAAUUAGUCAUAAAACCAAAAACCGUCUCCCAAGUUUCGGCAAUCUUAAAAUAUUGUAAUGAGAAUAACUUAGCCGUGGUCCCGCAAGGUGGGAAUACUGGACUUGUCGGAGGUUCAAAUCCGAUCUUUGAUGAGAUUAUUAUAUGUAUGUCGUCCAUGAACAAGAUUAGAUCAUUUGAUUCCGUGAGUGGGAUCCUUAAACUUGAUGCUGGGGUCAUAUUGGAAAAUGCCGAUCAAUUCUUGGCGAAGGAGGGAUAUAUCUUCCCAUUGGAUUUAGGUGCCAAGGGGUCCUGUCAUGUCGGGGGGAUUGUUUCAUGUAAUGCCGGGGGAUUGAGAUUGUUGAGGUAUGGUUCCUUACAUGGGACCGUAUUGGGUUUGGAAGCGGUCAUGCCUGAUGGGACUAUUUAUAAUUCCAUGAAUGCUUUACGUAAAGAUAACACUGGGUAUGAUUUAAAACAAUUGUUUAUUGGGUCUGAAGGGACUUUGGGGAUAAUUACUGGUGUUUCGAUAUUGUGUCCUUCUAGACCCCAAGCUCAAAAUGUGGCAUUUUUGGCGGUAUCGUCUUAUGAAGCGGUCCAGAAAGUGUUUGUGGAAGCGAGGAAGGAAUUAUCGGAAAUCUUAUCGGCAUUUGAAUUCAUGGAUGGAACUUGUCAAAAAUUAACUGCGCAACAUUUGAAAUUAGAUCAUCCGAUUGAAAGUGGAGAAUAUCCAUUUUAUAUCUUGAUUGAAACCUCAGGGUCUAAUAAAGAACAUGAUGAUGAGAAAUUGGAAACUUUCUUGGGUGGAGCUAUGGAGAAUGGAUUGGUUGAUGAUGGGAUCAUUGCUCAAGAUGAAACUCAACUUCAAUCACUUUGGACUUGGAGAGAAUCUGUUCCUGAAGCAACUGCUGCCCUUGGUGGUGUUUACAAAUAUGAUGUUUCAAUCCCAUUGGCUGAUCUUUAUGGAUUAGUUGAAGCUGCUAAUGAAAGAUUGGCCGAAGCUGGUAUUGCUAGUUUGGAAGAUGAAACUAAACCCGUGGUUGCUGCUGUUGGAUAUGGACAUGUUGGUGAUGGGAAUUUGCAUUUGAAUGUUAGUGUACGUGAAUAUUCUCGUGAUAUUGAAAAUGUUUUAGAACCAUUUGUUUAUGAAUGGAUUCAAAGUAAACAUGGAUCGAUUUCGGCUGAACAUGGUUUAGGAUUCCAAAAGAAGAAUUAUAUUGGAUAUUCUAAAUCUGAUAUUGAAAUUAAGAUGAUUAAGGAAAUUAAAAAUCAUUAUGAUCCAAAUGGUAUCAUGAACCCUUACAAGUAUGUAUAA